AUGCGUUUGACAACAUUUCUAAGUCUGCCUUUUCUUUUUACUCUUUCUAUAUUCUUUCGUUUUUUCUGUCUAUUUAUCGAUCAAAAUUCGUUUCUAUCUCACCCAAUCUGUUUAUUAUUCUCUUUUAGCAGUUUAUUGAUAUCUAUCUAUCUAUGGCAGUUUAUUGAUACUAUCUAUCUAUCUAUCUAUCUAUCUAUCUAUCUAUCUAUCUAUCUGUGGCAUUUUAUUCGUAUCUAUCUAUCUAUCUAUCUAUCUAUCUAUCUAUCUAUCUAUCUAUCUAUCUAUCUAUCUGUGGCAUUUUAUUCGUAUCUAUCUAUCUAUCUAUCUAUGGCAUGGCAUUCUAUUCGUAUCUAUCUAUCUAUCUAUCUAUCUAUCUAUCUGUGGCAUUUUAUUCGUAUCUAUCUGUCUAUCUAUCUAUCUAUCUAUCUAUGGCAGUUUAUUGAUAUUCAUCUAUCUAUCUAUCUAUCUAUCUAUCUAUCUAUCUAUCAGUGGCAUUCUAUUCGUAUCUAUCUAUCUAUUCAUCUAUCUAUCUAUCUAUCUAUCUAUCUAUCUAUCUAUCUAUCUAUCCUUUAUCAGUAUCUAUCAAUCUAUGACAGUGUUUUCAUAUCUAUCUAUCAUGUUUUCAAUCAAAGCGAAGCGAAGCAACUUUUUGCCGCUGCUUCUAAAAUCCACAAUUAUUUUUCCUUGUAUUUUUCUUCUUCUUUGAAUUAUAUCCUUCUGAUUAUACUCUUUCUUCUUUUUUCUUCUUCAUCUUCUUCUCGCCAUCUUUUUUUUUUCAUUCUUCAACUUCUUCCAUUCUCUUGUUUCCCUCCUCCUUCUUCUAUCGCUUGUCUUUUUCCAUUUCUUGCUAAUCUUUUCUUCUUUCUUUCAUUGAUUCUAUUUUUCUUCUCUAUUUUCAUUCUGUAUUCGCCCUUUUCUUUCCUUCAAUUUUCUUCAUUCUUUUCCUGUACUUUUUUCUUUUUUUUUAUGUCUCAUUCAUUCUGCCCUCCGCGUUUUAUUUUCAUACUUCGACGGAUUUCAUUCUUUUUCUUUUCAAUCUUCUUCAUUCUGCCUUUUCUUUAUUUUUGGCCUCGAAGUUUUUCUUUCUUUCAUCGAUUAUUUUACUCGCUCCUUCCUCUCUUUCCUUUUCAUAUUUCUUCUUUAUUUUCUUCAACUAAUCCCCCUCCUUCUCUUCUUUUCUUCCUUCUACUUUUUCAUUUUCUUCCUUUUUCUUCUUCUAUUUAUUAUAAUUCAUUUCCCGCCACACUUAAUUCCUUAUUAGAUGUGCUGACAUUUCCUUCUUUUUUUUCUUUCUUUUUUCUUUCUUUCAUUCUUUCUUUCUUUCUUUUUAUUUAUCUAUUCUCUUUCUGUUCCUAUCUAUCUAUCUAUCUAUCUAUCUAUCUCUUUAUCUUUACACAUCUACUUAUUUAUGCAUACAUAAAUGGGCGGAAAAACACAGCUGAUUUCUUUGCUUAUUUUUUAUUCUAUAUUCGAUGUGGGAUUUCUUUUUUUAAAAAAAAAUAA